AUGGCUGCUGGUGGGUUUCCUCAUGAGGGCUCUUUUCAGAGUGAUGAGGAGGAGGAGUUCAAGCCACGUGGCAACAUUCUCAAGCUUUGGGGUAAUCAAGUCACAAUGAAUAUAAACCCAAUGAUCCAUACGAAUAUCAUACAGUCACCCUAUUUCAAGACUAAUUUAAUUGAACUGAAAACUUACCAUGAGGUCAUAGACGAAAUUUAUUACAAGGUUACACAUUUAGAACCAUGGGAGCGUAACAGUCGUCGCAUGGGAGGCCAGACUGGAAUGUGUGGAGGGGUGCGCGGUGUUGGCGCUGGUGGAAUUGUUUCGACUGCUUACUGUCUUCUGUUCAAGCUCUUCACACUUAAGCUUACAAGGAAACAGCUCAAAGGUCUUUUGGAGCAUCCAGACUCUCCGUAUAUUCGUGCUUUGGGGUUUAUGUACAUCAGGUAUUGUCUGCCUCCGGAGGACCUUUGGAUGUGGUUUGCACCGUACCUUGACGAUGAAGAGGAAAUCGAUGUCAGAGCCGGUGGUGGUUGCAAUAUGACGAUUGGGGCCAUGUUGGGCCAAUGGCUUACGAAACUCGAUUGGUUUUCCACCCUCUUCCCUAGGAUACCGGUCCCAGUUCAGAAGAAAAUUGAUGAGAAGCUCCGUCUUCGUCGUCAGAGGCAGAUGCGGGAAGAGGCAACUCGUGGGCAGAAGUUCAAAGAUCGAGAGAAUCGCAGUGAUUCAGAGGAACGAUGCUCCAGGGACAGAAAGAAGUACAGGGAUUAUGAUGACGAGCAGAUAAAGCGACGUUCGCAUUCUCGUUCACGUUCUCAUGACCGGCAUAGACACAGAAGACAUCGAUCGCGUUCUAGGAGUCACGACCGAGGUCGUCGCGAGAGCUCCUUUGAUCGCGAUCUCCGGAGAGCACGUGAACGACAAGAAAGGGUACGACGAUAG